AUGGCUUUGGUCAACCUCACAUCGGGCCCAGAGUUCCUCCUCCUUGGCCUGAUGGAUGACACAGUCGCCCACCCGGUGUUGUUCCUGUUCUUCCUCAGCAUCUAUCUGCUCAAUGCCCUGGGCAACCUGAGCAUGGUGGUACUGGUGAGGUCUGAUGGGGCUCUGAGCUCCCCUAUGUAUUACUUCUUGGGUCACCUGAGCCUCGUGGAUACCUGCUUUACCACGGUCAGUCCCCGAUUGCUGGCCAGCCUGCUCCACCCUGGCCAGGCCAUAUCCUUCUAAGCAUGCUUUUCCCAGAUGUACUUCUUUGUGGCUCUGGGCGUCGCAGAGAGCUACCUCCUGGCUGCCAUGUCCUACGACCAUGUGGUGGCGGUCUGCCGGCCACUGCACUACACCGCGGUCAUGACACCCUGGCGCUGAGCGGCGCUGGUGGGUGCGUCCUGGGCGGUGGCCCACCUGCACUCGCUGCUCCACACGCUGCUUAUCUCUGCACUCUCCUAGGUCCGCUUCAGCCCUGUGCGCCACUUAUUUUGUGAUGUGACGGUGAUGCUGAGCUUGGCGAUGUGUCGGACAUGUCCCCCGCAGACUAUCUUCCCCGAGGGCCUGGCGGUGGUGCUGACCCCGCUGCUUCUCGUGUCCCUCUCCUAUGGGCACAUCCUCUUUGCGGUGCUUAGAGUGCAGUCCACAGGAGGCCGCCAUACCUUCUCCACCUGCAGGGCCCACCUGGAGGUGGUGUCGCUUUUCUUUGGCUCUGUCCUCUCAGUAUAUUUCCAGCCAUCAUCCGCUUACUCAGCGCAAUAUGACCUACUGGGCAGUGUGGCAUGUGCGGUGGUCACACCGACCUUGAACCCCUUCAUCUACAGACUUCUCAACAAAGAGGUCAAAGGUGCUCUAACAUGGGGGCUCAGAAGCCGAGCUGCACCCCAAGAGGCUGCCAAGGUCUUCCAAGUGGCAGACAUGCCCAAGGCUGCAGUGUUGGCUUCUGAGCCCACCCAUCCCUCAACCAGUUUCCUCCUUCCUGGAUCCUGGAGAUGUCCUGUCCUGGUGGUCAGCCCAGAGAUGCAGUUUCAUAUGGUUGUUUUGUAUGUGUGUAGCAACUUCAUCAUUGACAAAGUCAAAUCUCACUCUGUAAAAACUGUGUCAGCUUGCUGGUUGCUUGUAAUCCGAGAAACUCAGGAGGUUGAAGUGGAAGAAUGCAAGUUCUAG